AUGAGCGUCGGGACCGCGUCCGCUCCGAGCUGGCGCCGCAGCGGCAAGGGCAAAGGGGUGGUGGUGACGGCGGGGGAGGCGGUGGUGGGGGCGGUGGCGGCGGUUGGGGUGGUGGCGGGGCUGGAGGGGCUAGUGGCAGCAGUGGGGGUGGUGGCGGCAGCGGCGGAGGAGGUGGCCGGGGUGGGGGCGGUGGUGGUGGUGGCAGUGGACGCGGUGGCGGCAGGGGCGGUGGUGGUCGCGGUGGUGGCGGCGGAGGUGGAGCUGCACGUACGUCAUCCGCACUGGUGA